GAACAUACAAAGGAGGAGGUAAAAUUUUAGCACAUUAGUCAGCCUUUUUUUGAACUUCAGUCCUAAGUAUCAAGGAAUGGCUGAAGGCAUGCACAAUACAGAUGAAGGGAAGAAGCACACUGUUAAUGCUGCCAAACAUAUUUGGCCUUUUAAACAAGCAAAAGGCGUAUCGCCGCCAUCCAUCACAGAUAAGUUGUCCAUGCUCUCCCGAGAUAGUCUCAAUAUUAACACAGUUCGUAUUUAUAAAGUACCUGAAAAGCAUCGUAACAAGAAUCAAGAAGCUUAUAUGCCUCGAUUGGUCUCAAUAGGUCUUAUUCAUUACGGAGAAAGCCAACUACAAAAUAUGGAAGAACAGAAGUUGAAAUAUCUUCACCAUUUCUUACAUACUUUUCGAGUUGGCUUGGAUAACUUAACUGAAUAUGUCCUUAGUCAGGAGAAGUUUGUCAUGGAUUGUUACGAAGAAACUUAUCGCAGUAACCUCUCAAAGAAAUUCAAAGUACAACCACAUGAGGUGAUUUUGUUGGAUGGGAUUUUCGUCGUUGAGCUGUUCUUGAAGAACCAUUUUCCUGGAAUGAGAGAGAAGGGGGAUAUUAUAUAUGAAAAUCCUUGGGUGUCAGAUGAUAUAUUACAUGACCUCCUCCUCUUUGAGAACCAACUUCCUCUAAGGUUUUUGACCACACUGUAUGAUACAUUUGUUUUUAAGGAUGCUGGAAGACGGUUAGAUUAUGACAUUAUCAAUCCUCCAUCAUUCAAUGAACUAGCAUAUAAGUACUUCAGCAACGUGGGUGUAACUGGAAAGCUGUUGCUGCCUCGUGAUUUUCGCGGCGCAAGGCAUUUCAUUGAAUUCUUAUCUAUCCUACAUAUGCCAACUGAACAGAAUUGGGAUGCAAACAGUGUCAGGCAACAAGUUGGAAUAAUGAAAUCAAAUUUCGCUCUGUGCCCAACUGCAACAGAACUGAGAGCUUCUGGUGUCAGGUUUCAACGAGGAAAAGGAAAACAUCUCUUGAAUGUAGGUUUCGACAGCAAGAAGGGAGUACUGAGGAUUCCACCACUAGUAGUAAAUGAUUCCACUGAGACAUUUCUACGGAAUCUAAUAGCUUUUGAACAGUCUGGUUACCAUUCAAAAUUUAUGACAAGCUAUGUAAUCCUGAUGGACAACUUAGUAAACACUCACAAAGAUGUUGAUCUUCUCAUCAAAUAUAACAUCAUCCGGAAUGAAUUGGGUAGUAGUGAGCAAGUGGCAGAUCUUUUCAACAAUCUUUACAAAGAGUUUGUGACAGAUCCGAGGGAGUUUUAUUUUAUGGAGCAAUGUCGUCAACUAAAUGACUACAGUCGGGACUGGUGGCACAUGAUCGUAUCAACUGUUAGGAAGUGGUUUUCAAUAUUAGAACGAGAUUAUUUCAACACACCAUGGUCAAUCAUCUCUGUUAUCGCAGCUGCUGUAUUGCUUGUUCUCACUGUAGUGCAGACUGUGUGUUCAGUGCUUCAAGUUAAACAUUGAUAAAUGUUUUGGUUUACUGUAUAAGAAAGGGUAAGGCUCCCUAUUGUGAAUUUCCAGCAAUGUACUCAAU